AUGGCGACAGGAGCAGGCCUGGAAAUGCAGGUCGACCACCAGGGGGCCUCCCCUACCAAGAGACGGGCGCCAGACAAGCCAGACGACUUGGCACUGAACAUUGACAUUAAUCGGGAAGCUAUCCGGGGGGAGCUCAAGGAGGCCCUCUCCGACGUCAAGCAAGACAUACGCUCCUUUGCUACCAGGGUAGACAACGUCGAGAGCCAUGAGACCAAGAAGAUGCAGCAAACCAUCAACCUUUUGGACGAUAUGACCACCAAGUACACAGCCCACGGGGACAUGCUGCAACAGCUCCAAGAAGCCAACAGAGAGGUGAACCUCCGACUUGAGCGGCUCGAAAAGGGGGGAGGAGCCUCGUCUGUGGCGGGGAGUACAGCAGCUUCCGACAACUCCCGAAAGCCCGCAUUGAUCAUCGGGGGAUGGGAUCGAGACCAGGACGCUGCAACGACAAAGGAGGCUGUGGAGGACGUCCUCAAGUCAGUGAACGCACCCAUCGCCCUGGAUCCUCUCUUUGAGGUCAUUGCGAAGGUCAGGGACGCAAACAUCCAGUUGGGGCGUCGACCAGACGGGGGGACAAGGCGAGUCUGGAUUGCAAUGUCGCAGCCUCCCGACCGACGGCGCCGAGCACGCCUUGCCACUAAAGUGAAGCGCCUGUACCUCACCAUGGGGGGGAACAAAGACGCACUCCAAAUGGAGUUCAGUACUGGCACCGCCAUGGGUGAACAGCGUCAAGCGGAAGACGCUGGCCCGGGAUGGAUCAACUUGACCGAGAUAGCCAAGGCGACAAGGACCACCGCAGAUGCAGUUUCCGUGGCCUGGUCUCCGCUUUAA